GGCUGAUAUUGCGGCUAGUGAUUCUGCCGUUAGUUGUUGUGCUGGCGUGUACGAGUACGGUUCUCGUGCGCGCAUACGGCAGCGCUCCUUAAGCGUUAAAUCAAAGACAGAUUUCAAAAUUCAAGCGGUUUAAAAAAUUAUGUUUGAGUGUUUGUUGUAUGUGUUUUGUUCAUUGCCACGUGCUGUGCCUUUUGAGUUAUGAAACUUUUGUUUAUGUCUGGAGACUAAACUUGUGAAGGUCAACGCGUCGCCUCGAUCGGUCUCAAAUUUAAGUGUUUCGUAAUAAGGCCAAGAGACCAAUAGCUCCGAAUUUCAUUUUGAUUGUAUUUUGUCAAGGUUUCACGUGAAAUUUGUUAAAAACCCCGUUUAAGUUUGCAAUAAAGGCAUUCGAGUGUAACAGUACGUAUAUGUCUAUAAACUCAUGCAUCGAUGUCCCAUUAAAAGAUUAAAGUCACCAGCAAAAUGCAGCUACGUCUUUAUCCAUUUGAUUUAAAUAAGUGGUAUUCAUUUUGUUUGUGUAUGGCCCAAAAAGAUCUGAAGCAGUGCCAAUUACAAGCCGUUUGAAAGGCUCGUAUUAGUUUGUUCCCACAUGAUUGCAAAAAAGUUGAGAAUUACUGCCCUUACGCCACUUACGCAUGAUUGGAAUAAAAAUGUCCUACAGGCGGCAACAAGGACAUAACAAUAUACAUAUACAGUACAGCUAUGAAAAUGACAACAAGUGUUGUCUGCUGGCGUAGCCGCUGCUGUUUCCAAAACGGACGAAACGCCAUUAAAAGUGGCAACUACAAGCUUUCGCACAAAACACAACAUGAAAUUGUUGCAAAAUAUGGAACUGCUGUGUCUGAAUUGGAAGGAGAAGUGUUAUGCCAAGCCACAACUUCGACUGGGACUACAACUUAGUGUGCAGAACGAGAAUUUAGGUCCGGGUCCGAGUCCCUUGCGAGGAACGUGCCGUAGCACAGCCUGCUCAACCCCACGUUGCUGGUUGGUAACAAAACCCAUUUGGCCCAAACCACAUAUACAUAUGGGUCUUCGGCCAUGUCUACGCCCGUGUCUGCGUCCGUCGUGUGUCUGACUUCGUUGAUAACUUAAUAGCAAGACAAUGCAAUACUUUCCAUUUACGAGUUCAUUUCUAUAAAUGGGUGAAAUCAAGAGCGCCGUCUAGAUGGGUCGGCACCUGAUUCUAUUCACGGCAUCCGAUCCGCCUCCGUCUGUGUUUGUGCAACUGCGGUUGCUAAAUCGGUCGGUGCCUGCCUUGACAUAAGCCCAUUCCGCUUGAAACUACUUAUGGCAGAGAACUAUCAAACAUAUACAUAAGUUGUUAUUCAUGAAUGCGCAAUGAGCGUGAGAUGUCCAUGGGCGGCAGCAGGCCAGUUGCCAGUUGGGCCAUAUCAACCACGAUCGGUUGGGUUGAUCCUUAUACCGAGUUAAACAAACGUCCGCAAAACUUACGUGCUUCUCAACACAUCCGGCAUACGCACGGCGAAGGCAGUAAUUUCCCAUGAACAUUAGACAAUGUAAACGGAAAAUCUGCAGCCAACAUAUGCAUGGAUGUGACAGAAGUCGUAAUAAAAACAUGGGGCAGCAAUAGCAAAAUUAAGUGAGCGGCAUCUGUAUGGGCAACUUUACUGUAACGUGCGGCACGUGCUGCUUGUGCCCAGCGUAGUUUAUAUUUCACUACGUUUCUACCCGCCGACUCCCGAUCCCGGCGUCAUAUGGUGCGAGCUUUUACUCACCGUCUGUCUGCAGACACUAAAUCACCUUCAGCUCCCUUGAACGGUUCUCGGAGAUUCUUCGAAACUGGCCGAAUUUUCAGAUUGUUGGGGAGACGCCGGUUGAAAAUGGCUACAUCUGCUGCUCUCUUUCCUGAUUGGUACCGCGGUGGGCCUGCAAUAAAUGCGUUUCCAAAAAAGAAAUAUACAUAUGCAAGAUUGUGAAGUAUAUCAGCAGAGAAGCCGCAGGAUAAGCAGUACAUCAGCCGAAAAGCAGAAAGCAGUAGAGCAGUAAAGCAGCAGCAGAAAUGUAUAGAACGCGUUAUGGAUUUUUUGGAUGAUCGAAGAAUGGGCAGUUAUAGAAGAGGAAUUCAGCAGAAGCAGAGGCAGAAGGAGAAAAAGAAGAAACGCAGCAGAAGCAGAAGCAGACAGAGAAAAAGUGACGCCUUUCUUUGCAGAAUAAAGAAAACCAAACAAUCAUGAACGCCUCAUGCAGCUACUAGCUGCUGUGCAGUUGAUGAGCAAUGUUGGCUGCUGACAGUAGUGAGAUCAGUGACUUCGGGCCAACCUCGCGGCCACUGCAAGCCCGCUCCGCUGAGAAUAGCAGACACCGAUUAGCGGUUGGUACUACGGCCAAGCGACCCCCUAAGACCAGCCACCGUUCUGGCCCAAUAACAGCCAGCAGCACCGGCGGAGCAAGCGGCAACGGAAACGGUAGCAGUGGCUCCGCAAGCGGCUGUGUAGCUCCAAACGCCCUAUCCCCGGCUAAGGGAGGAGGUACCAUGACGACUGUGACAACGACGACGGUCAAGGCAACGGUCAGCCACGGCCAAGGUCAUGGGCGAAUCGACAGAGGGGGUCGCAGCGCCGCACCUGGGAGCUCCAACGUAGACGGAUAUGUCGGGGGGAUCGAGAUGUAUUUAGGCCUCAUUGGAUGGCGAAAGAAGUGCCUGUACACUCUGCUGUUGCUGCUAAUGCUGCUUAUUAUCACAAACCUCGUGCUUACCCUCUGGAUUCUCAAAGUGAUGGAGUUCUCAACGGAAGGCAUGGGUCAGCUUAAAAUCGUACCCGGUGGCAUACAGCUGUCGGGACAAGCAAUAAUCAUGGACACGCUGCGCACAUCGACAAUCCGUUCGCGUCACGGUCAACCCAUCUCAAUAGAAUCAUCACGUAAUUUUUCAAUCAAUACACGUGACCCGAAUGGUAUGAUUGAGAAUCAUUUAUUUCUGGGACACGAUAAGUUCGAGUGCCUGUCUGCGGGAUUUCGCAUAAACGACACCAACGGUCGCAGCCUUUUUUCCGUAAACCGAAAUGAAGUCACAAUCGGAGCGCACGCCCUGCGGAUCGACGGCGAAGGUGGCGCCGUAUUUCGGGAGUCCGUGCAGACGCCGCAUGUGCGCGCCGAGCCAGGUCGGGAGUUGAGACUCGAAUCUCCAACCCGCCAAUUGGAGAUGAUGGCGGCCAAGGACAUCAACUUGCAAUCCCGGGCAGGAGGAAUAGAAGUUGUGGCCCUGGAAGAUGUCAAGUUCCGAGCCCUCGAUGGGAGCCUGCGUUUGGAAUCCUCGAAGAUACUUAUGCCCAACCUGCGAACGGCCCAGCCUCCCAUCCUGGGUACCGCCCAGAGUCGGGACCAUAUGCACCGAGUCUUCCAACUCUGCGCGUGCUCGAACGGCAAGCUUUUUUUGGCAGCGUCGCAUUCGAUAUGUGCGGGCGAUGACUCUACCGUCUGCAGGUGAUUGCAAGACAGCACGUCCACGUUGGAUAGCGAUGCCCGAAAUGAAGGCGGUUUGGAUACAGAGUAAGGAGCUAGGCUACCGGACAACCCAGUAUACAAGUAUGCGGUUCAAGGCAAUGAAAAGGACAGAUCGCUCACUGCUCAUUACCAUAACUUUAGCUGUAUGCACAGAAAUCAUCACAUUCAUGUUAAAUUAUUCAUAUUCUAACUGUAACAUAGAGUGGUAUGCCUAACUACAUAGUAGAAAAACUUAAACAAAUAUGAUUAAUCAUGCAUACGCAUAUAUCUGCAUCCAUAAUCGUUUAUACCGAAACUUAAAGAACAAAAUCAAGAGCUUCUUAGACAUUUGGAUGUUGUGUUUACUAGUACAGAUGGCAAUUCAGAGGCAUAGGCAUGUCCUAUAUAGAUACAUACUAUAUCAACAAAGUAAAUACUAACGCAGUACAGAAAAUAAUAAAUUUAUAAUCAAGCAUAGAAUACCACCAAAGGCCAGUCUCGUAAUAAAUAUAUCAACAUUGUCGUUAUUGCGACGUAAAAUCCUUUAAAAUAAAAUGGUAUAGACUUCCAGGUUAAAUGCAUUUUUCCCUGUGAAUGUGUGCCUACCCAAUUCGGAUCGGUUUUAAAGGAUCGGUUCAGAAUAAAAAUUUUUUUUCAUGUUAGAAAUCGCUACAAAUUUUUGCCAAACACAUGUCGUCACAUAUAUCAGUUCAAAUAUUUCCGAAUAUGCGCAGUUUGUAUACCCUUGCGGAGGUUAUUAUUAUUUUCGUCAAAAGUGUGCAGCGCAGUCGUCCCUUUUCAUUUUCCAUAUUUCACUUUUUUCAUAAUUCAUAUUCUUAAUCAGUCUAGUCGUCUUUCUGCUGUCAUACCUAUUGCUAGCUCUGCUUAAAAGCUUAAGGCUUAAAACUUUUGCAAUUACAUUUUACGAAGAUCUAGUUUAAAAACUCAGCUUUUUGGCUAACGUUUUUUAUUCCAUUUCCGGACCUAUACCUUUUGGACGAAAAUCGAAUGACCAAUUCUUAUAGCUGUCAUAUAUGUCUCAUACUGGCCGUUGACUAGCGUAAUGUUAAAGGUUUUUAACACGAAAUAUAUCAAAUUGUUUUAUUAUGUCUAUACCGAUUUUGUUUAAAAGUCUUUGUGAUCAGGCGAAUAUAUCCUAUAGAUGCAAGAGGAAACGAUCGUGUAAAAAUUUUAAUGAAAUAUGUUAUUUUUAUGUCUUUUAUGAUGGUUGCACAUUAAUUCCACCUCUUGAGUUAACUAUAUUAUAUAUCUGUCUUAUGUAUAUUCGCACAGUUUUUAUUUUUAAUAAUUCUCCUUCUUAUCAAAUCAAAAACUUUAACCAUCGAGGAUUAUGAUUGAUUAACAAAAACGCAGAACCAUUUACACAAAGCAGUCCUAAGAUAUUGUACAUAAGACUGUCUUCUUCAUAUAACUCUGUACUGCAUCAUACUGAAAUACAAAUUGACUCGGCCGUAAACCUAACUGUAUUCAUGUAGAUAAUC